AUGUUUGGCUUUGUUGCCGGAAAACAUCCGUUCAGGAUGAACACACAUGAACUCCAAAGGUACAGUGCAACUACAGCGACAAAGGUGCUGCUUUAAAGACAUGAAUGCAGCCAUUCUGGUAUAAGAGAGCUGUGCAUUAUCACUGUUAUGCCUACUUCAAAAUAACGCGUAAUUUUUAUGUGGCUGUUGAAUUUUAUAGCCGCUAACGUUGAGGGCUAACUGAGUUAGCAUUCCCAUUAAUAAGCUAAAUACCAUUGCUUUCUUUGUCUGCAGGGUAGGAGAGGGAGAUGCGGAGAAGCACAACAUGUGUUCACUCACACUGGGUCCGGUGGUCGAUGUUGUACGGUUCCACGGUAGCCUCCCGUUUUCUGCACGUGGAGUUGGAGCUGAACGUUCAGCUUCGCCGGCUGUCGUUUAGUGAGCACGUGCACUUCAUCUACAAUCCGCUGGAGCAUGCCUGGGAACUGCACCGCUGCUUCGUUGAGAUGUACUGUCGCUGCGGACAGACGAUUCUCUUUGGCUGUCUACCGCGUCUGUCUGAUGAACCCGGGACCCUUCGGCAUGGCUCAGACCUGGGUAAGGAUGUGCAGGCAGGUCAACGAGAUAGAGCAACAACUUGUUACAUUGUUAGCCUAGUUCUUCCAUUCAAGGCCCCUCUACUCUGCACUCUUUCCCAGGUCGUUGCUGUAUGUGGCAAAAGGUAAAUAGUAGCCUCUUAGAGUUUUUGGUUGAUAGAGGAUAAUAUAAACUCUUAUCAUGUGUGAAUACUGGGACUUCUCAUCUUCACCAUUGCAGAAUGGAAAGGUCUGGAAUAUGGAUGAAAAUGAUAUUAAAGGGUACACAUAAAGAAUGUGUAAUGUUGUCCGCUCUGUUUGAAUCUGAUCAAAUUCACGGCAAAAUAGUAUUGUAUUAUUAUCCACCUAAUCAUCAGUCCUCUGCUCUCAGGUCCCCAUUGGUGAUGUGAACCAUGUCCGUGACUGGCUGAAGAUCACUGGGGAGGUGGGACAUCCCCCUUCGGAGCACCCAAAGAGACUAAUCAAAGUCAUGGCCUGCAUUCACAGCGGAGUGAGCGUCACACAUUUCUGGGGCUUCUUCCGCAAGCUGUGUGGUGAGCCAGCUGUAUUAUUCCGCCAUUACUUUGUACACAACCUGUGCCCAUAAGUGUUCAAGGGUACCACCGGUAAGAACCUGAUGCCCCCCGAGCUGGUCAUUGGGGAACGUGAGGCCCUCUUGGCUCUCUGUGACAUAGCACUGUGCCAGGCCGUGGCUGCCUUGGGCGUCAACAUGGUUAUUGGGGGUGGCAGAGCAGCGAGCAUGGCAAGCCCUCUCUGCAGCGGGCAUGGAGGUACGGGUGGAGAGCAUCAUGCACCCCUCCGCUGGGAGGCGGUGGCCAAGGCCAAGCUGGAGAACCUGGGGGUCCUAUCCCUACUGAGCACAAAAUCUCUAGUCAAGCAGCCUCCAUGAACAAUGCAGUUUGCUGGUCUGGGGGUAAAAGUUGCCCGCUGGCACAGAUCUAGGGUCAGCAUACCCUGCUCAACCAUAGCAAUUAAGGGGAACAACACAACACUGACCUUGGAUCAGCAUCUAGGGGCUAUGUCUGUUUGGAUCACUAUCCUCCACUGUACCUUAAUACUUGGACACUCUCACAUUGUGCUUACAAAUUGUUCAAUGACUCAUCACUCUGUUGUAACAUUGCUGUCAGAUGGUGUUGUCCUGCCUCUGCUCUUCCAGGCCCUCUCACACAGCAGUUCCCUGUUGAGCAGCAUUUCCCCCAGAGCUCUCAUGUUUAUAGGCCAUGUGGAGGCAUACUGCAUCACAAUGACUCUUCUCAGAUGCUGUUAUAUCCAUUGCAGAGAAGAUAAAUUAUAUCUGUAUUUACCUCACUGUGGUGUGUACUGUGUACUGCCUCACAGCAUGUAGACAGCUGCCCCGUCUCUGACCUUUGUGAGGACAUUCUGUAGCAUAUUACCUGGAAGCAAUUAGGCUACACCCAGACUGUAAUGGAGACAUUUUACGUUUUUUAUUUAUUUAUUGGUAUCUCAUUGGUACAGUGCAUUCGGAAAGUAUUCAGAUACCUUCCCUUUUCCACAUUAUUUUUUACGUUACAGCCUUAUUCUAAAAUGUUACAGCCUUAUUCCCCUCAUCAAUCUACACACAAUACCCCAUAAUGACAAAGCGAAAAAAAACAGGUUUUUAUAUUUUUUUUCAAAUGUAUUAAAACUUACAAACAGAAAUACCUUAUUUACAUAAGUAUUCAGACCCUUUGCUAUGAGACUCAAAAUUAAGCUCAGGUGCAUCCUGUUUCCAUUGAUCAUCAUUGAGAUGUUUCUACAACUUGAUUGGAGUCCAACUGUGGUAAAUUCAAUUGUUUGAAAUGAUUAUGAAAGGCACACACUUGUCUAUAUAAGGUCCCACAGUUGACAGUGCAUGUCAGAGCACAAACCAAGCCAUGAGGUCGAAGGAAUUGUCCGUAGAGCUCCGAGACAGGAUUGCGUCAAGGCACAGAUCUGGGGAAGGGUACCAAAAAAUGUCUGCAGGGUAGAUGGUCCCCAUGAACACAGUGGCCUCCAUCAUUCUUAAAUGGAAGAAGUUUGGAACCACCAAGACUUCCUAGAGCCGGCCAAACUGAGCAAUCAGAGGAGAAGUGCCUUGGUCAGGGAGGUGACCAAGAACCCGAUGGUCACUCUGACAGAGCUCCAGAGUUAUUCUGUGGAGAUAGGAGAACCUUCUAGAAGGACAACCAUCUCCAAUCAGACCUUUAUGGUAGAGUGGCCAGACGGAAGCCACUCCUCAGUAAAAGGCACAUGACAGCCCGCUUGGAGUUUGCCAAAAGGCACCUAAAGGACUCUCAGACCAUAAGAUGAAACCAAGAUUGAACUCUUUGGCCUGAAUGCCAAGCGUCACGUCUGGAGGAAACCUGGCACCAUCCCUACGGUGAAGCAUGGUGGUGGCAGCAUCAUGCUGUGGGGAUGUUUUUCAGCAGCAGGGACUAAGAGACUAGUCAGUAUCGAGGGAAAGAUGAACAGCGCAAAGUACAGAGAGAUCCUUGAUGAAAACCUGCUCGUGAGCGCUCAGGACCUCAGACUGGGGCGAAGGUUCACCUUCCGACAGGACAAUAACCCUAAGUACACAGCCAAGACAAUGCAGGAGUGGCUUCGGGACAAGUCUCUGAAUGCCCUUGAGUGGCCCAGCAAGAGCGAGGACUUUAACCCGAUCUAACAUCUAUGGAGAGACCUGAAAAUAGCUGUGCAGCAACGCUCCCCAUCCAACCUGACAGAGCUUUAGAGGAUCUGCAGAGAAGAAUGGGGGAAACUCCCCAAAUAUAGGUGUGCCAAGCUUGUAGCGUCAUACCCAAGAAGACUCAAGGCUGUAAUCGCUGCCAAAGGUGCUUCAACAAAGUACUGAGUAAAGUGUCUGAAUACUUAAGUAAAUGUGAUAUUUCAGGUUUUUAUUUUUAAUAAAUGUGCAAAAAUUACAAAAAAACUGUUUUUGCUUUAUCAUUAUAUGAUAUUGUGUGUAGAUUGAUGAGGGGAAAAAACAAUUUCAACCAUUUUAGAAUAAGGCUGUAAUGUAACAAAAUGUGGAAAAAUCAAGGGGUCUGAAUACUUUCCGAAUGCACGAUGACAUGAUGAUUGAUUUUCAGAAUUACAGUAUACUGUAUACAGGUUUAGUAGGAGCUUAUUAUAGGGUCUCUGUUGCUACCUGGCUAGUGAUGUAAUUGAACAGUUAGUCUGAAAAUACGUUUAUACCGGUUUUAAAGUUAGGUUUAAGUUAAGGAAACAAUGUGUUGUAAUUUGUAAACAAGCAAACUUAAAGAAGUCAUGUGGCGGUAAUAAUUUUCUCUCUGUUUCCGACAGUGUGUCAGAUCUGGCUAAGAAAUACCUCACUACAUAUUCCAGGUAAACGUAGUUUGUCAGUCACACCUCCUAAUGAGAUUUCUAUUCCCUCACCCAGUCUCGACCAGUAGAGCUUGUUACCAAUAAUGACCCCCUAUUACACAGAGUCAUGAUGUAGCCCAGUGGUUCCCAAACUGUGUGGCGCGAUCCGAGUGAAAACGUUUGGGAACCACUGAUAUAGCCUAAAGCUAAUGACAACUUACUCUCAAUUUAAACCAGGGUCCUGCUUGUGGUCAUUAUGGUAGUCCUUUUUGUUUCCCACUCAACAGUGGUUUGCAAAUUGGGAGUGAAUGUAGACUAGUUUCCGUUUGUGGCCUUUGUAACAACAUUGCAAUAGCAAUGUUUCUCUUUUGACCAGUUCAGUACAUGUUCAAGCCAACGAUUGACCUUUGCUGAUGCUGUAUGUAUGGGGAUGCCCUGUCCUUACCUUUGUUACAUCUGGGAAGGACUUCUGCAGUCUCUUCCUCUGUUGGCAUCCUACCAUUACUACUAAGAAAAUGUCUGGCUGUCAAGGUCCUACUGUAUACCCACACUAGUGCAUAGUACGUAUAAAGCCCUCUCUAUAACGUAUGUCCCAUUAGGUCAUGCAUGAAUAAGAAUAAGCCCUUGUUGAUGACAUAAAACGCACUCAAAUGUUCUUGCACCAUGUUGUUAUACCACUCAGUUCUGCAGGAGGUUAAGCUUGUAAUGGAAAAGGGGUCCUCCUUGCAGGUUCCUCUCCAAUGAUGCUUCCUCCCUUACACACCAUUUUGAACAACUCAAACAAAAUGCCACAUAUCAGGUGAUCAAGUGUGUGUGUGUGUGUGUGUGUGUGUGUGCCACUCUCCAUAAGUAUGUGUGUGAACCUAAAUCAGGUGGUCCCUUAAUAAGAAUGAUCUUUUUAGAUAUUCAUGGAAUUCAUCUUAUACUAUGGCGUUGUAAUGUACUUUAGUGUGUACUUGAAGUUAGUGUUUUGUUUUAAAUAUUUUUGUCUUGUCCCUGUUCCUCUUUUGACUCCAAUCUCAAUGUCUCCCAGUCACCAGGAGUUAGCAGGUAGAGAGGGCUCCUGCAGUUCUGUGGUGUGAUGUUGUUUGUCUUGAUCCUGGAUAAUGAGUACAUCAUACACACACCAGUGGCGGGCCUCUCCACCGCAGGGUGCAGGUGUGUGAGAGAGAGGAAAGGGGCUGCCAUCUUAACUGAGUUGGUCUGGAUGACUUGUCUGUCUGGGGAGGGCUUAAUGAGGCGGGACGAGGUGUCUGUACAAUGGCCAUUAUUUCUCUCUCACACACAAACUCUAUCUUUCUCACUCUCUGCCUUCAAAGCACCUGCACUCACACAUGCAAAGUCACAUGCAUUCAAAUGCAGGCACUCUAUCUGAACUCUCGUCUCUGCCGUGACACAUGUAGUCAUGCAUGUGUGCAUUGAGAGUCACACACUUUCCUUCUCACGUCCUCCCUCCCCCCUGCUAUCUCAUUCACACACACACUUUCAUAUAAUACAAUCGCAAACAUGCACACAAGCUCCCUUGCAUUCUUUAUCUCUCUCAAACACACAAGCACACACACAAGAAACACACAGUGGCGCAACACCACGGGGCUAAGAGAGCACAGCCGCAGCUCCCUAAUGACUCCCAUCCCUCUCUGUUCUGUGCCACAUUAUUAAUUAGCUCAAUGAGCCUUGCCAACGGGACGCGGAUCUGUGGAUUAAAGUCCUGCAGUACAUCACAAACACACACAUGCACUCCACAGUAAGCACCCCCCUGUGUGCUGUGGUAUGGGCCCUGGCUGUGGGUUUGGCUGAAGUCCAAGCUGUGCUGCAGAGAGAAAACGGCCUGGCAAGAUGGUGGCUGACAAAAGAGGGGUUUGUUUUAUACCGCAGUAUUCCAUACAUCUGUUUUGACACACAAAUGUUACUCAUACAGGUAACUGCCACAGUAAUGGAAACACUUGAGUAAAUGAGGGAUACAAAGUAUAUUGAAAGCAGGUGCUUCCACACAGGUGUGGUUACUGAGUUAAGUAAGCAAUUAACAUCCCAUCAUGCUUAGGGUCAUGUAUAAAAACGCUGGUCAGGCCAUUAUUUUGGCUACCUUGGCUAUGCCCCCAUAGGAUGACAAUGCCCCAUCCACAGGGCACGAGUGGUCACUGAAUGGUUUGAUGAGCAUGAAAACGAUGUAAACCAUAUGCCAUGGCCUUCUCAGUCACCAGAUCUCAACCCAAUUGAACACUUAUGGGAGAUUCUGGAGUGGCGCCUGAGACACCGUUUUCCACCACCAUCAACAAAACACCAAAUUACGGAAUUUCUCAUGGAAGAAUGGUGCCGCAUCCCUCCAAUAGAGUUCCAGACACUUGUAGAACUUAUGCCAAGGUGUUUAGAAGCUAUUCUGGUUUGUGGUGGCCCAACGCCCUAUUAAGUUACUUUGUUGGUGUUUCCUUCAUUUUGGCAGUUACCUAUAGGUAAGACAUGCAUAUAGAUACAUUCAGCAUUAUGGUAAAUGAGGGAAGAAAAUAACUCCUCAAGAUGGUCCAGUCUGAUGCUUUAAUUGAUGCUGUUGUUUCUCAAGUGUGUCAUUUUCCAUUUCGAGACUGAUCCUUUCAACAUCGUGUGUUUGACUUGGUAUUUGUGGCUUGCUUGUUGCUUUUCAAACAAGACAGUUCUCUUGACUCAUGAUGUAUGAGUGUUUGUAUGUGCCCACAUGAAAAAAUACUAUAGUAUACUAUGGUAUAAAUACUACAGUACUCACUGUAGUGUUGUUGCAGACUUUACUGUAGUAUUCACUGUACUAUUUACAGAUAACUAUAGUAUAAAUACUGUAGUAAAAGAAAACUGUAGUAUAUACUAUAGUAAUUAGUAUUUUUAUGGAUUCUAGUAUACUGUAGUAUUUACAGUAGUGUUUUGCGGACUGUAGUGUACAGUAGUAUUUACUGUAGUGUUUUUGUGGACUAAUAGAGAGGUGAGGAGGAGGAGCUCCGCGGACCCUUUGUGUCCAGAAGUAACUUAGCCAUUCAUUGUAGUCAUUCUUUAGUUUUCUGUCAAUUAACUCGUGACAUUUCUGGAUUACUCAUUAUAUUAAUAAAGUCUGAUUUAAUCAACAAAUACGAUAGUCAGUUUAAAAAAGGUUAAGGGUACAAGACUGUGUACAUAUCUGUCUGUGUUGGCAAAAUCACUACAUAUCCCAUCGAGCCAAGCAGGGAGAGGCUGCCUGUUGUCACAGUUCCAAGACCAGUCAGAAAUGUCCAGCUAACCCUACGCCAAUGAUGCUGGUGGAUCUCAAAACUGAACUUGGAUCCGCGUUAAGUAGCACUGAGGAAGUUCGAUUAGACUGAACCAGGGUAUAUCGUGCUAUGGCCCAUCACGUCGCCGGGCAAAAGUGGUGAGGAAGGAACGCCCGGCUCAAAUCGAGCAUCACCGGGCCAUAAUGUCAACAAAACAGCAUGAUGAAUCGUUCAGAAACAUAAAACAUGUAUUUUCUACAUUAUCAUAGCAGUUUUCCUGUGGAAGGCAGGUAAAGCGAUAUAUAUGUGUUUUUAUGAGUUAACACUUUUGCAUGUGAAAACAUUGAAUCCUCCACGUGCUUGACAUAUAUCACUUUUGUUUUCAGCCGACUACGCUGUCGGCUUUGACCGGGGCACCCUGCUCACCACCGGGAGGCAGCCCGGUUUCAAAACAAAUGCAAUCAAUGCUAACCCCGUUCACCCGGGGCAGGCCCAGGGCAUUAAUAGAAUCCCCUCAAUGAUAUUCUUUGCCACCGUCGUCUUACAUUUACAUUUUAGUCAUUUAGCAGACGCUCUUAUCCAGAGCGACUUACAGUUAGUGAGUGCAUACAUUAUUCUUUUUUAAAAAUAUAUAUAUAUUUAUAACUGGCCCCCUGUGGGAAUUGAACCCACAACCCUGGCAUUGCAAACGCCAUGCUCUACCAACUGAGCUACAUCCCUGCCAGCCAUUCCCUCCCCUACCAAUUGUGCGCCGCCCCAUGGGUCUCCCGGUCGUGGCCGGCUACGACAGAGCCUGGAUUCGAACCAGGAUCUCUAGUGGCACAGCUAGCACUGCAAUACAGUGCCUUAGACCACUGCGCCACUCAGGAGACAGAUAUCUCGAACCAGUCAUGACUAUUCAACAAAACGUAACGUUAUGACUAUAACUACUGUUCCCUGAAGGAGGGAACAAGGUACGACAUACUAUGGGGAGUCGCACUCUCGUGACUUCGGUUGAAGGAUCUACAAUCAAGCCUGACAAGGCCAAUGAAAUCCGCGCCUCGCUGGAAGCCCCGCCUUCCACAGGUGAUAAGCAUGAGGCUUGGAAUCAUUCCUCCAAUUUAAUACCGCUCUUCACCCAGCCCAGGAACGGGCGGUGCGGGGCCAAACAGGUGUUGUACCUCGUUUCCCUCCUUUAGGGAACAGUAGUUAUAGUCAUAACGUUAUGUUCCCUUUCAGUCAGUCAACUUCGGUACAACAUACUAUGGUGAAUAUAAUCACGCCCCAAGCCGACCCCAACAGAUACUAAAUGAAAUGGCCCAUGGCAGACCACCCAGACCUGACCCCGCCAGAUGCGGCAGUCUGGGUGUUGCGCACACAAUGCGCUUCCUAGGGACUUUCCUCUGUCGCAGCCGUAAGCACACUGUGUGCUAUACUGGGAGCAGUGACAUCCAAACGAUAAAACCUCAAAAAAGUGUGUGGUGAUGCCCAACUCGCCACAGCACAAAUAUCUCCCUUUAAACAAUGCCCAAGAUGCUGCCAGACCCCUGGUGGAGUGGGCCCGUACACCGCUAGGUCACCCUUGCCCCUUGCUGCUAUAUGCCAGGGAGAUAGCCUCCACAAUCCAGUGAGCGAGAUACUGCUUAGAGAGCGCCCUGCCACAAGCUGGAUUAGCAAAGCAGACAAAAAGUUGGUUACAUAACUGGAUAUCCCGGGUCCGUUCAAUGUAGGUGUGUAAAGCUCGCAGAGGACACAGGGCAUGUAACCUCUGUUGCUCUUCAGAAGCAAAAGGAGGAGGCGAAAAGGGAAAUAGAUCAAAAACUAAGGACCUGUAGGACAUAGCCAUGACUUUCGGGUCGAAGGCUGCAUUUGGACGCAACGUCACCUUAGAAUCGCCCGGAGCGAACUGAGUACAGGAAGGGUGUAUGGAUAACGAGUGGAGGUCCCCAACACAUUUAGCCGAGGCCAAAGCUCUGAGCAGGGUGGUUUGUAGGAGAGAAUCUUCAGAUCCACCGACUCCAGAGGCUCAAAGGGGCCACACACAGUGCCUCCAAAACCAGCGGCAAGUCCCAUGUGGGCGCAAUAGGUUUAGAGACCGAUCUGAGAUGACGUACACCUUUCAGGAACCGCACCACCAGGGGGUGAGCCAGGUUUCCGUCAAUUCCCACAUGACACGCUGUUGUGACAGCGGCCAUGGACACUUUUAAAGUGGAGAAUGCUUGAAUAGCUCCUGUAGGAACAUAAGGAUGUCCCUGACAGAGAACUGAAAAGGAGCAAGUAAUUUAUCUUGGCACCAGAGCUCAAACGCUUGCCACUUACACGCAUACAGCCCUCUCGUGGAGGGCACCCUUGCAGACUGAAUGGUAGCAAAAACACCUGGAGGUAAACCUCUAGCCAUCAGAUUGGCCCUCUUAGAGGCCCAUAGUAACCAAAUCUCUGGCCUCGCUUGCCAAACUUGCCUAUGCACCUGGGACAACAGGUUCCUUAGUUUUCACGGGUCCCAGAGUGAUCUCCAUGAACCAAGGCUGCCUGGACCAACGGGGAGCCACAAGAAUCCAUGAUAAGCCCUCCCAGCGCACCCACUCCAAUGUGGGCUGAAUCAGACCCAGAUGCGUAAAGAUCUAAGUCGGCCCUGCCGAAAAUGUCCCAUACCUGGGAGAGCCUCCACUCCUGAGAGAGCGGGUCCCACCUGUAUAAAAUAUCGGGGACAUGCGUCGCCCAAAGCGAAAGCAUGUGCGCACUGCUCCCCAGCAAUACGGAGCUAGCCAAAGUUAGGAAGGAGACAGAGUCUCUCCCCAUCUGUUGAUGCAUGCCACAACUGACGUAUUGUCGGUUCUGACCAGCACAAGUCGGCCCGACAAAAAUAGGGGGAAGCAACUGAGCACCAGAUACUCCGGGUAAUUGACAUGCAGUGCACUCCGCACCAGUGUCCAUACCCCCCGAAUCGAGCUGCCUUCGUACAGCACACCCCACCCUUGGGGGGACGUGUCGGUGGUGAUCACCUUGUGGGAUACAGCUCAGCCCAUGACAGCCCCCUGACAAUAGCAGAGGGUCCCAUCUAAGGCUGAACGAUUUUGGAAAAUAAUCUAAUUGCGAUUUUUUGCCCCCAAUAUUGCGAUUGCGAUUUAAUAUGCGAUUUAAUUUAUUUAUCCUUUUUCCCCUACAAAACAUAAUGAAUGAUUUAAAUAUGACCAACACAAUAGUAUAUACAUUUAGUGUGAAAUGUUCUUUCCCAUAGGCUGGGUCUAUUUGUUAGAAUUAAAUUCAAACAUGUAUGACUUGAAAUAAAUGACAUUUUUAUUGAACUGCUCAUUACAGAAACAUCUGUGGCUUUGCCACUGUGCAUUUAAAUAAUUUAAACAAAGGCAUGAACUUUGUAAACACUGUGUGCAAAAGGUACAGUCUUAAGAAAAAAAUAAUUUUAAAUUGUAUGUAUCUUACUGCUCCCAAGUCAGUAACAUUUCACACAACUGAAACAAGGAAUUUGCUUUGAAAAUAUUUUGUAAAAUCAAAGUAAAUAAAGUUAUAAAUAAAAAAUGAGAAAUGCACUUUUAAUUUAGACAAACUAUUUUUUAUAAACGAUUUGAAUAUUAUAAUAUAAAAUAGAUGAGCCUCACUUAUCUCAAGUACACAACAAUAACACACCACACAGACUAAAGUUCACUACGAGUAUGGCACUGCCAGCCAUACUUAUCCAACAGUUCUGUUCUCAGUGGCUCACAGGUUUUUUGCUAAGAAAACCAGAAUAUUGACUUUUUCUGGCUUCAAGGCUGAGCGAGUGCAAGUCACAAUAUUCCCUCCUGUGCUAAAAAGACGCUCUGAGGGAGCGCUUGUAGCAGGUACACAAAGAUACUUGCGUGCCAUGGUGCACAACUGUGGGUAGCUGAUCUUGUGCACCCUCCACCAAGCCAAUGGAUCAUCUUCUCCAUCAAUGGUAGGAGUCAUCAGGUAAUUGUUUAUCUCUGCCUCUGCGACAUCUUCAAGAUUUACAGGCAAAGAAGGAGAGGCUGAACUGGUCUUGAAAAAACUGCCAAGAGACCUCUUCGUCUUUUCCCCCAAGGACUGUGCACUUUGAGGCAUCUGAACAGUUUCAGUACGAGACCUCUUCUCCUAUUAGAUGAAAACAACAGCCAUUAGUUUUCCAGUUAGAUUUUACAGAAAAUUUUUGUUUUUGUGAAAUACAUAAUUAUUUACCCAAUGAUAUGUACGUUGUGCCAAGUCUACUAUCUCUGUCUUCAGACGAGUCUUGAUAGCAGGGAUGUUGUCUGUACUGAUGUACUGUAUUUUGAACCUAGGGUCCAGGAAACAGGCAACAUCCAAAAGCUCCUGGAUGUUUGGGUCUCCAUAUUUGUUAUUGAGGUAUGCUAGGACUUUGGUUUUUAUUGAUUUAGUCAGGUCAGUGUCCUCAGCAUCUUCAGCCAGGACUGAUGUGGCAAAAAGGUGGAGAACUGGCUUGAGGUAGGAGAUGCUUACAUACUCCUCUCCAGAAAGAGCAUCAGUAAACUCCAGUAGAGGAUGCAGUGCCUUGUGAAUCGACUCCAACACGUCAAUAUCCUGCCAGGUUGGGAUAAGGGAGCGUGCAUAUCGAUCUCCAGACAAUACCUGAGAAAUGGCUUUGGCCUGUUCAAGCACUCUGGCAAUCAUCAUUUCUUUAGAACCCCAUCUUGUUGGGCACUCCGUUAUGAGGUUGUGCUCAGGGAGUUUGAGCUCUCUCUGUGCCUCCGUCAGGGCUGCUUUCUUCUUCCAACUGUGGGAAAAGUGCCCCACCAGCUUCCUGCACAGUGCUGUUGCCCUUGACACUCUGUCAUCUUUGAGUGCAUUUUCUAAAAGAAAUAAAAAGUAGUGUAUUACACACAAUUUGAGUUUUGAUACAAGGCUCUCACUAUUACACACUCAAAUUAGCUGUAAUUCUGAAAUACACACAUCCACAACACAUCCUCUCUCUCUCUCUCAAUUCAAAGGGUCUUUAUUUGCAUGUCAAUUCUCUCUCUCUUUCUCUCUCUCUCUCUCUCAUAAACACUAAAAAAACAUGUAAAAAACAAAAACAAGAAAAGAAAAAAAAUGCAGGUGGGCAUUCCACCACAGACAGACAUAUGAUAUAAGCAAGUAAAAUGAAUUUACAUAUUAGAAAAGGAGUGGAAGUAUGAAUUUAUUUAAUCCCAUCCGAUUUAUAUAAUAUCAUUUAUAUAUAUUUGUAUAUUCAGCUUUACUAAUCGACGCAUCUCUCUCUCUCGCACUCGCGCACACACACACACACACACACACACAAACACACACACACACACACACACACACACACACACACACACACACGAUAACUUACCAAUGGCAAGAUGUAAUCUGUGGCCAAAACAUUGGAGCCUCGUCCAUUCAUUAAGCCGCGCAGCAAGCACCAUAUUCGACGCGUUGUCCGUCGUGAUGCAGACGUGAUUCUCCUCGUGGAGAUCCCAGCUGACAAGCCCUUCUCUCAGGCCGGCUGCAAUAUUUUCCCCUGUGUGAUCGUCUGGGAAGUAGGUAGUUUGUAGGCAGCGAGCUCGGAGGUUGAAAUCUUCAUCAAUAAAAUGGACUGUAAGACUCUGGUACGGCUCAGCUGUGCGGCUUGACCACAUAUCAGUAGUGCUAGCAAAAAACUCCACCGUUUUAAGUUCCGCGGCGACUUUCUCUUUGCACUUUUUGUACAGCUCCGGUAUGGCAGUCUGACUGAAGUAUGUGCGGGAGGGUAUACUGUAACGUUUAUCAAGCGUAUGUAUUAAUGCCAUGAACCCAGGCUUGGUCACCGUGCUGAGAGGCAUCAUAUCUUUGGCUAUGAACUCGGUUAUUGUCCGAGUGAUUUCUCCGUGCCGUUUUGAAUUACGUUCAUACGGAGUGACACUUUCGAACAUUUCUGUCAGUGAUCCCUGUCUUGAGGUAUUUGGCUUGUCUCGCGCACUGAUGCUCGGCAUUUUGGUCAUACAACUGUCAUGCAUUGAUUUGUGGUAUUUUUUUAAGUGCUGAAACAGGUUUGUAGUGUUACCCCGUGAAGUAGCAAUCGGAGCACGGCAUGCUCUGCACAACACCUGACGCUGCUCAGCAUCUUCUUUUUUAAAACCAAAAUAGUUCCACACCACCGACGUGCUGUUCCUCUUCGAUAUUAAAGUAUCAGCUGUGUCAGUUUCUGACUGUUCCGUCGAGCAAGAGGCCAUUGCGCUGGACAGCAUGAAAAGUCGCGUCACGUGACCACCUCAAAUCGCGCACGUUGCGAUUAGAAAAUCGCGUUCAGUCAAAUCGCGAUAUUAUCGCGAAUGCAAUUAAUCGUUCAGCCCUAGUCCCAUCACUGGGCCAUGGCCCGUAGGCCUGACAGGGACACCCGAAGCGUCCAGAUGAGUGGCUAACAUUCAGCGUUGGAAGGGCCGUAUCAACAAUAGCCCCACAGGAAUGACUUCCAUUACAGAAGCCAUCAUCCCCAGUAGGCAUUGGCACUGGUGAAAAUGCAUUGGGUGACCCAGAUGAAAUUUGGCUAAGCAGUGUCGGAUCCCGGACACCCUCCGUGGGGAUAGAAAAGCGUGAAACGCAAGUGAGUCUAGCUCGAGACCCAGAAACAGAAUGCAGCUCUUUCUCUGGUUUCUUAUGAAGCCUAGAGACUGAAUACGGGACAGUAGCAUGGAUGUGUGUAACACUGCUUGCCCCCUCGACUCUGCCGCAACCAGCCAUUCGCUGUAAUAGCCAGUGGCUCUUGAGCAUUCUGAGUUUGUAGACUCUGAGGUGCUUGCUGAAGGCACGAAGGUCUAGAAUGGGACGCAAAGUCCCAUCACUUUUCGUAACCAGGAAUACCGGCUGUGCCAGCAGUCCCAGAUCUUUGACAUAGGAACCACUUGGAUUUCCUGCUUCUGGCGACUCCCCAUAGUAUGUUGUACCGAAGUUGACUGACUGAAAGGAAACAAGAAAACAAUACAUAACGUUCAAGUUUCUUUCCAGCAAAUUUCUUACUUACAUGAUUGUAUAACUAGCAAAGAAGUUUUGAAGAUGAGAGUGCAGUAUUUAUGAAGUUUGGCAAUGAGGACGAAAACUAACAUAUUUCAGCUAGCCAGCUAGUUUAGCCAGGGAAAACGAGCUUGGGCCUAGUAUGUGCACACUAGGCUAAUUCAGGAGACAGAUUGUCGUUUUUAUGCCCUGAUAUCAGGAGCUGGCGGCGAAAAGUUUGAUUAAACAAUUCAGAUACUGAAACUAAUAAAUCAGAUGACUUAUAUUUAAGGAGAGCAAAUCGAUAUACAAUCCUGAAAUCAGCUGUAACUGUCAAUAGUAAAACAAAGCUUAAAACGAUGUUUGAGUGAACCCUGAAUACAGAAAAUGAAUGAUGAGGUUACUUUCAGACAUGGUAGACUCCUCUUCCUCACCACUCUAUAUACUGUAGUAUUUACUAUAGUUUUUUUGUUUUAUUAUCUUUGACAAACAAGUGGAGCCUUUCUACUUUAGGAAAUCUAAUGUAGAAAGACAAAGAGAACAGAGUUUUUAUAACUUGUUGGCAGGACUGAACAGAUAGUUCAGCACUUCUGCUCUUUUCUAUAAUCUUAAUGGAACACAAUAUAUGGUCUAUACUUGGCAUGUAGGUUUCUCACUUAUGGGUGGCACAAAUUGGGAUAUGGGGGAGGGGAAUGGGCGGGGUAUACAUGGGGCGGCGCACAAUUGGCCCAGUGUCGUCCAAGGUAGGGGAGGGUUUGGCCGGCAGGGAUGGCGUUUGCAAUGCCAGGGUUGUGGGUUCGAUUCCCAUGGGGGGCCGGUAUGAAAAAAUAAUGUAUGCACUCACUAACUGUAAGUCGCUCUGGAUAAGAGCGUCUGCUAAAUGACUAAAAUGUAAAUGUAUGUAAAUGUAAAUGUAAAUGCAAAUGUGAUACUGUAUAGUUAAAAGUGUAGUGUUUUUGUGGAUAAUACUGUAGUAUUUACUAUAGUAUUCAUCAGUAUACUACAACAUUAUAUAGUAAGUACAUUCUAUAUUAAAUUCUAAAAUAUACUACAGUUUACUACAGAAUUCUAUAGUAAACUGUAAUAUUUUUUAAUGUGAGUCGUAUGCGUAUGUACAUUUCAGCAUCUUACUCACAGGAACAAAGGCACGGGGCGUACUUAUUGACAGCCUGACCUGCCGGUGACCCCAUGGCCGCGUGAGGAAAGGACAGGGGAGCUAGCUUUAGCCGCCUCCGCGCCGCUGCCGGCCUGUCAGAGCCAUCGAUACUGUGAUGAAUGGAGACGGCAGUUAUUAAACCAGAAUUAGAGCAAGGGAGGCAGGGAAGAGAGGGAGGGAGGCGGGGGAGAUGGACAGGUGAUAAAUGAAGGGAUGUGGGGUUCUGUGAGAGAGGAUGAAGGAGGUGUGGGUGGAGAGGAGAGAAGGAGAGGAUGGGGGAUGUUGAGGGAGGUGGAUGGCACAAGAUCAGCAUCAUCACUCUUUAUUAUCCUCCAGGGCCGCCCGUCAUACGAGGAGACUGAGGGCACGAGGGGGGCACACCUAACUGAUAACCUCCACACAGUCCACACACACAGGAGGAACGGGGGCAUGUAG